AUGUCCAAUCCUGGGCCGUCCCAGCGCACCUAUCCCAGUGAUCCCCAGCCACCCCUCCUCAGCAGGAAGGAGGAGCAGGACGGGGACUUGAAGGGUGUCGAGGACGCAGUCAGGACAGUCUGUCUCCAGCCGAGCAGACGGCAAGACCCCAAACUCCACUCCAGCCUGAACCACCCAGAACCACCCAGAACCACAGACCAGAGCCCGGAAAGGCCAGAGAGACCAGAGAAACCACAGAGACCAGAGAGCAGAGGACGGAGACCAGAGAACGGAGACCAGAGGACGGAGACCAGAGGACGGAGACCAGAGGAUGGAGACCGAAGACCAGAGGCUGGAGGACAGAGACCAGGCUUCAGGGAGGAGCAGACCCACCAGGAGGAGCAGACCCACCAAGAGGAGCAGAGCCACCAAGAGGAGCAGAGCCACCAAGAGGAGCAGAGCCACCAAGAGGAGCAGAGCCACCAAGAGGAGCAGACUCACCAAGAGGAGCAGACUCACCAAGAGGAGCAGAGCCACAAAGAGGAGCAGACUCACCAAGAGGAGCAGAGCCACAAAGAGGAGCAGACUCACCAAGAGGAGCAGACUCACCAAGAGGAGCAGAGCCACCAAGAGGAGCAGACUCACCAAGAGGAGCAGACUCACCAAGAGGAGCAGACCCACCAAGAGGAGCAGACUCACCAAGAGGAGCAGAGCCACCAAGAGGAGCAGAGCCACCAAGAGGAGCAGACUCACCAAGAGGAGCAGACCCACCAAGAGGAGCAGAGCCACCAAGAGGAGCAGACUCACCAAGAGGAGCAGACUCACCAAGAGGAGCAGAGCCACCAAGAGGAGCAGAGCCACCAAGAGGAGCAGACCCAUCAGGAGGACCAUCAGGAGGAGCAGACCCACCAAGAGGAGCAGACUCACCAGGAGGAGCAGACCCACCAAGAGGAGCAGACCCAUCAGGAGGAGCAGACCCACCAGGAGGAGCACACUCACCCGGAGGAGCAGACUCACCAAGAGGAGCAGACCCACCAGGAGGAGCAGAGCCACCAGGAGGAGCAGACCCACCAGGAGGAGCAUGUUCUAUACAUUUGUGGGUAG